CACCAUUUGAGCUCUUACCUCAUCUCUCCUCGCCACUAUUAGGCCCAGCUUCACUGCACCCCUGACCCAGUCAGAAUCCGUGUUUAUGUUCAUCUCAGCCAGAAAAAACACCAUAAAAUCCUUACAAUCUUUAUAAUCUUUGUUAACAUUGGGGAGGCAGCGUUUGGAAAGUUAAGCGGGGCGCGACGUGACGCGAAACGGCGCGAUGGACGCGGUUGCGGACAGCAUCGUCGCGAAUCAGACUGGCUGCGAAAGCUAACAGCGAAAGGGAUGGAGAACUUGUCCGGUAAUGUUGGGAUAGUGAUGCAAGCCCUGGUCCGCGAAAUCCGUGACGAAACAAUGAAACAGAUGGCGAAGGCGCAGCAAGAAACCGUGAAGGAAAUGACGACGUCUCACGAGAGAACCAUCGAGACUUUGUGGAACGCUUGGAAAAAGGAACAGCAGGCGCUCAAGCAAAUGAUCGAAGGCCAGGAGAAAGCGAUUAGGCAGCUGCAACAAGAUAUUCAAGGCAUUCAGGCGCAAGCCGCACAGGAACGAAAGCUGAUGCAGGAACAGAUUGACGAGCUCAAACGAAUGCAGCAGCACGCCUCACGCGAUAUCGAGCCCCUGCAAGUGUAG